UCUUCUUCUUCUUCCUCCACCUCCAGCCAGCGCCUCGCUUCCUUUCACACUAGAGCCAAGGAGACCUAUCGACCUCCUCUCCCCGCGCCCGACCUCUACCUACUGUCCGCCAUGGCGCCCCGCGUGCCCUCCCUCCUCGUCGCCGCCGUCCUCCUCCUGGGCCUGGCCGCCGGCGUGGCGCGGGCGUCCAACGAGGAAGGCGACGCGCUCUACGCGCUGCGGAUGCGGCUGUCGGACCCCAACGGCGUGCUGCAGAGCUGGGAUCCCACCCUCGUCAACCCCUGCACCUGGUUCCACGUCACCUGCGAUCACGCCAGCCGCGUCGUCCGCCUGGAUUUAGGCAACUCCAACGUCUCUGGCUCCAUUGGCCCUGAGAUCAGCCGCCUUGUCAACCUCCAGUACCUGGAGCUAUACAGGAACAACCUCGGUGGCGAGAUCCCAAAAGAAUUGGGCAAGCUCAAGAACUUGAUCAGCUUGGACCUGUAUGCCAACAAGCUCACCGGAAGAAUUCCCAAGUCACUUUCGAAGCUCAGCUCACUAAGAUUCAUGCGUCUGAACAACAACAAACUUGCUGGAUCAAUUCCAGGGGAGCUGGCCAAACUCACCAACCUCAAAGUCAUUGAUUUGUCUAACAAUGACUUAUGUGGAACAAUCCCUGUGGACGGUCCCUUCUCAACCUUCCCUCUUCGAAGCUUCGAGAACAACAGCAGGCUGAAUGGCCCGGAGCUGCAAGGAUUGGUUCCUUAUGACUUUGGAUGUUAGGAGCGCUGAUGCACAAUAAUGCAUGUCGAAGGAAGCUGGUACAAAUGAUACACGCAGCAGAGAUGAAGAUGGUAUGUAGUAGUGCAGGGGUCCAGGGUAAUGUACUCAGACAGCAUAAAGAAUGAAGCGAGUGUGAGAGGGAGUUCUACUCCAUCAGUACAGUCACUAUUGUAUUGUCUAAAUUGUAAGCUGCUUACUACAGCAGCUAUGCUAACGUCAGGUUACCUAUUU